UCUACUUGCCUUUUUUCCACCUUAAUUCAGCAAACAUGCGUGAGUGUAUCUCGGUGCACGUGGGCCAGGCCGGUGUUCAGAUUGGAAAUGCAUGCUGGGAGCUUUACUGCCUGGAGCACGGCAUCCAGCCGGACGGACAGACCCGAAGUGACAAGACAGUCGGCGGAGGAGACGACUCCUUCAACACCUUCUUCAGUGAAACUGGAGCUGGAAAACACGUGCCGAGAGCCGUCUUUGUGGACCUGGAACCCACCGUCAUCGAUGAGGUGCGGUCGGGGACCUACCGUCAGCUGUUCCACCCCGAGCAGCUGAUCACUGGCAAGGAGGAUGCUGCCAACAACUACGCCCGCGGACACUACACCAUCGGGAAGGAAAUCAUAGACCUGGUUCUGGACCGGAUCCGGAAACUGGCGGACCAGUGCACCGGCCUGCAGGGCUUCCUGGUGUUCCACAGCUUCGGCGGGGGCACCGGCUCUGGUUUCACCUCCCUGCUGAUGGAGCGUCUGUCCGUGGACUACGGCAAGAAGUCCAAGCUGGAGUUCUCCAUCUACCCGGCCCCCCAGGUGUCCACGGCGGUGGUGGAGCCGUACAACUCCAUCCUGACCACCCACACCACCCUGGAGCACUCCGACUGCGCCUUCAUGGUGGACAACGAGGCCAUCUACGACAUCUGCCGCAGGAACCUGGACAUCGAGCGUCCCACCUACACCAACCUGAACCGGCUCAUCAGUCAGAUCGUGUCCUCCAUCACCGCCUCCCUCCGCUUCGCCGGCGCCCUCAACGUGGAUCUGACGGAGUUCCAGACCAACCUGGUGCCGUAUCCCCGGAUCCACUUCCCUCUGGCCACCUACGCCCCCGUCAUCUCGGCGGAGAAGGCUUACCACGAGCAGCUGACCGUAGCUGAGAUCACCAACGCCUGCUUCGAGCCAGCUAACCAGAUGGUGAAGUGCGACCCUCGCCACGGCAAGUACAUGGCCUGCUGCCUGCUGUACCGCGGAGACGUGGUGCCCAAAGACGUCAACGCCGCCAUAGCAACCAUCAAAACCAAGCGCAGCAUCCAGUUCGUGGACUGGUGCCCCACCGGCUUCAAGGUGGGCAUCAACUACCAGCCCCCCACCGUGGUUCCCGGGGGAGACCUGGCCAAGGUGCAGAGGGCUUUGUGCAUGCUGAGCAACACCACCGCCAUCGCCGAGGCCUGGGCUCGGCUCAACCACAAGUUUGACCUGAUGUAUGCCAAGCGGGCCUUCGUCCACUGGUACGUGGGGGAGGGGAUGGAGGAGGGGGAGUUCUCCGAGGCCCGGGAGGACAUGGCGGCUCUGGAGAAGGAUUACGAGGAGGUGGGAGUUGACAGCGUUGAUGAUGGAGGAGAGGAAGAGGCAGGGGAAUAUUAA